AUGUCUGAUCUUAGCCUUGAUCAUAUUUUAAACCGAAAUCCUCACAUGUAUCCUCCUGCCACACAACUCACAAGUCAUGACACACCUAAAGAUAGCGGUGGAGAUACCUAAAGUUUCUGUCCUCGCGCAUAUCGCAUUACGCAUGUUGGUUGGCCCAUAGGAAGCCCAAACAAGCGGGUUUUAUUCAAUAAAAUCCGUAAUUAAAACGUUUGAGUAUGCAAUUAGCAAUUAGCCGGUCGCGCUGUGAUUUGAACUACAUAAUUAGUGACGUAUCCUACCAUAGGAAGCCCGCCAUUUUUGGGUGGCAUUUCAUUUUUUGACAAAUGAUGGUAAAUUUGCUUUGUAAAUGGUUAGUUUAUUUUGAAAAAUUGCUUUUCACAUUGUUUUAGUUGUCUGCAUUGGUUAACGAGAAUUGGAUGCCACCCAAAAAUGGCGGAUAUUCGUCAUCGUGAGAAGGCUAAUUUGCCGCGUGUUUCCUCUCUGUACUAUCUCUUCUCUGUGUUUGUGAUGAAAACCGGAAGUGGAGAUCAGUCACUGAUCUCAUUCAUCGUCUGGAUGUAGGGAAUUGCGAACCUGCAACCUGCAACCUGCAAAAUUAACCAGCCGGAUGGCGCUUGAAUAGCGCGUGGCAGUCGUCACGUGCGGAAUUGCCUUCGUAAAAAAACGCUUUGACCGGGUUCUGGGGAUUUUACCACAGAACAAGGCACACAGAAGGUCGACUCGAGUAACCGCUGCCACGCCAUGAUUCAUCAUCAAAAUGCUGACGCCAUGGUCCUAGCCAGUACGCGUUUGAGAGGCAUUCCCAUAGAGAUUAUAAAUAACACUAGAGGAGGCAUCGAGGUUAAAAAUUGGGAACGCAGCUAAUUGCAAAUUCAAGUCCCGGAUAUAAAAUCGUGCUCUGAUUGGCUGAUUUGAAACUCGUCACCAAUGGAAACACGAAUACACAUCCGGGACUUAAAUUUGCCCCCCAAUAGCCGCGUUCCCUUUUUUUGACUGAAUUAAGAUUACAAUGCCUCCUCUAGUGUUAUUUAUAAUCUCUAUGGGCAUUUCCCCCCUGGAUGUCCGCCAUUUUGAAUAAUAUCAGGGGGUGAAUGCCUCUCAAACGUGCAUUGGAUAGGAACUGUGAUAAUGCUUCCCAAAUUCUUUCAUCCAGCUCUAUACAAUUUCGAGAUCUUAUACAAGACUUCUUUCUGGAACAAGUUAACCCGUUUCCAACUAGAUCAAAGAACGUCCUUGAUCUUAUCCUCACUAACAUUCCUGAAUCAGUCACUGAUAUCUCGUGCGUAUUACCAAAAUCAAUGGACCUCUUUAGUGACCAUAAUCUCCUUUUUUUCGAAUUCAAAGUAUUCGCCAAGUUAUCUUCCUCUGACACGCGAACUGUCCUGGAUUACCGUUCAGCAGAUUGGGAGGGUUUGCACAGAACUCUUUCGUCGAUAAAUCUCUCUCCAUCGACAGUUUCAGAUAAAUUGGAUAUCGACAAACCUGGAAAAGCUGGUACGAUAGUUUUAUGAACGCUGUGUAUCAUCAUAUUCCGACCAAAUCCUUAAGAAACGCAAAUCUCCUCUUUGGUUUGACAGUGAAAUCCACCACCUGUUGAAUAAAAAAGAAACGGCUAGAAGAAAAGCUAAACUGAAGAGCACGAGUCACAGUCUGUGGGAAAAUUUCCGACACCUUCGACGUUCGUGUAAGUCACUUACAAUAACUCGAAAGCGAAAAGAAUACUUCCAGUCUUUGCCUGGUGUUAUGAAAUCAAAUAAGAGACGGUACGGUUUUGGUCGUUAUUCAAAUCGGUUUCAAGUUCAUCAAGCGUUUCUAGUAAAAUUACCUGGAAGCGCGAUGAUGGGACUGUUACAGCAUCAAAUCCGGAAGAAACUGCAAAUCUCUUAAACAACUAUUUUUAUUCUAUGUUUAAUCAACCUCUUUCUCAAGAAGAUUACGAUGCUCAUCCAGUCCCGAACACAACAUCCUGCAAUCCAUUAAGUGAUAUCACAAUUUCACCUGAUGACGUUAGACGUAUUCUUCUUUCUCAAGAUGACAACAAAGCUACAGGUCCAGACAGAAUUCCAGCUACAUUGCUCAAGUAUUGUGCUCCCUAUAUAUCUUCAUCGCUUAGUGAUCUCUUCAACAAAAGUUUGAGUUCUGGCAAAAUCCCAGUAGAAUGGAAGAUCUCCAACAUAAUACAUAUUCCUAAAGGUGGUGUAAAGAACGAUGUUUCGAACUUCCGACCAAUAUCUUUACUUCCCAUAGUUUCUAAAGUCCUAGAACGUUGCAUCUAUGAUCAAAUUGUCAACCAUGUGUCAAGUCAGCUGCAUAACCUUCAAUUUGGGUUUCUCAGGGGAAGGUCUACCACGUCACAGCUGCUACAAGUUCUUCAUGAAAUUGGGAAAUUGCUUGACCAAAGAAUGCAAACUGAUAUUCUUUAUCUUGAUUUCUCAAAAGCUUUUGACAAAAUUGAUCAUAAGCUUCUACUCAAAAAACUAAGUAACUUUGGAAUUUGUGGAAACCUGCUUAAUUGGUUUCAAAACUACCUUACAAACCGCCAUCAGAAACUCACCGUCCUAAGCAAGACAUCGUGUCCAAUCCCCGUACUAUCAGGUGUUCCUCAAGGUUCAAUACUUGGACCUCUUUUGUUUCUUAUGUACGUGAAUGACUUACCUCAACAGACCACGACAUCGUCCGUAGACCUGUUUGCUGAUGACACCAAGUGCUAUCGUGCAAUAAGUAAACCCCAGGACUUUAGGGAUGUCCAGUGCGAUUUUGAUAGAAUCAACAAGUGGUGUCAAGUAUGA